CCGCUGAAGGGGUUGCGCUGGGCGGCGGGCCCGGCUCCUGCAGCUCCGCCGGCCGCCACUGGGGGCUGCCGCGCCGGCGAGCUCGGCGGGGACGGUGCGCACUGCCCGGGGUUCCCGGGCGCCUCCGGCCGCUGGGCUUUCUCCACCGCCGGCCCCGCGCUGCCUCCGCAGCCAGCCAGGCUCCCUCCCGGAUCUGCGCGUGUGAUCGCUGUGCGUGUGUGUGUCCGGGUGCGCGCGUGUGCGCGCGCGCGGGGGGCGGUGUGCACGCGGGGAGUGCGGGGGAGUGUGUUUGUGUGUGUGUGUGUGGGUGUGAGUGCCUGGCUCGCUCUCGCUGAGACACACACACACUCACACACGCACAACCCGGCUGGCUCGUCUGAACUUGAAGACACCCUACAUUCCAAGAUGCCCGAGGUCCCUGGGAAUGCCCAGGGUUCUUCGAUCUGGAGAAUCCUACCUGCGUUUUCCUAGGGGGGAUUAUCGUUUUUGUUUUUGUUUUUUUAAUCUGGAAGAGAAGAGAACAAGUUGUGCUUUUUCCUCCCUUCUUUUCGCUAAAUGCCAUGGAUAUAAUAGAAUAAGCCGCUCAGGGCUCUACCCGCGUGGACGUCCGAGGCCACCAUCUGCCUGCGUUCGCCGGAGCCGGAGAGCUUAGCUCGAGCCUGUCUCGGGCGGGGAAGGAUGCGUGGCCGAGCCGGGGAGCCCGGGCGCCCCGCGGAGCCGGCCUCGGAACCUCCCAGCCGGGGAUAGAUGCUGCCUCGCCCAGGCACCACAGCCUGAGUGACCAGACCAUGGAGACCCUGCUUGGUGGCCUGCUAGCGUUUGGCAUGGCGUUUGCCGUGGUCGACGCCUGCCCCAAGUACUGCGUCUGCCAGAACCUGUCUGAGUCACUGGGGACCCUCUGCCCUUCCAAGGGGCUGCUCUUCGUGCCUCCUGACAUUGACCGGCGGACAGUGGAGCUGCGUCUGGGUGGCAACUUCAUCAUUCACAUCGGCCGCCAGGACUUCGCCAACAUGACGGGGCUGGUGGACCUGACCCUGUCAAGGAACACCAUCAGCCACAUCCAGCCCUUCUCCUUCCUGGACCUCGAGAGCCUCCGUUCUCUGCACCUUGACAGCAACCGGCUGCCCAGCCUUGGGGAGGACACCCUGCGGGGCCUGGUCAACCUGCAGCACCUCAUUGUGAACAACAACCAGCUGGGUGGCAUUGCCGACGAGGCCUUCGAGGACUUCCUGCUCACACUGGAAGACCUGGACCUCUCCUACAACAACCUCCAUGGCCUGCCCUGGGGCUCCGUGCGGCGCAUGGUCAACCUCCACCAGCUGAGCCUGGACCACAACCUGCUGGACCACAUCGCCGAGGGCACCUUUGCCGACCUGCAGAAGCUGGCUCGCCUCGACCUCACCUCCAACCGGCUGCAGAAGCUGCCCCCAGACCCCAUCUUUGCCCGCUCCCAGGCCUCCGCCUUGACCGCCACGCCCUUUGCUCCACCCUUGUCCUUCAGUUUUGGGGGGAACCCGCUGCACUGCAAUUGUGAGCUGCUCUGGCUGCGGAGGCUGGAACGGGACGAUGACCUGGAGACCUGCGGCUCCCCGGGGGGCCUCAAGGGCCGCUACUUCUGGCAUGUGCGUGAGGAGGAGUUUGUGUGCGAGCCACCUCUCAUCACCCAGCACACACACAAGCUGCUGGUUCUGGAGGGUCAAGCGGCCACACUCAAGUGCAAGGCCAUUGGGGACCCCAGCCCCCUCAUCCACUGGGUUGCCCCCGAUGACCGCCUGGUGGGGAACUCCUCAAGGACCGCUGUGUAUGACAACGGUACCCUGGACAUCUUUAUCACCACGUCUCAGGACAGCGGCGCCUUCACCUGCAUCGCAGCCAACGCUGCCGGGGAGGCCACAGCCAUGGUAGAGGUCUCCAUCGUCCAGCUGCCACACCUCAGCAACAGCACCAGCCGUACCGCUCCCCCUAAGUCCCGCCUCUCGGACAUCACGGGCUCCAGCAAGACCAGCCGGGGAGGUGGAGGCAGUGGGGGCGGGGAGCCUCCCAAAAGCCCCCCGGAACGUGCUGUGCUUGUGUCCGAUGUGACGACCACCUCGGCCCUGGUCAAGUGGUCAGUCAGCAAGUCAGCGCCCCGCGUGAAGAUGUACCAGCUCCAGUACAAUUGCUCUGAUGAUGAGGUACUGAUCUACAGGAUGAUCCCAGCCUCCAACAAGGCCUUCGUGGUCAACAACCUGGUGUCAGGAACCGGCUACGACCUCUGUGUGCUGGCCAUGUGGGACGACACAGCCACGACCCUCACAGCCACCAACAUCGUGGGCUGCGCCCAGUUCUUCACCAAGGCUGACUACCCACAGUGCCAGUCGGUGCACAGCCAAAUCCUGGGUGGCACAAUGAUCCUGGUCAUCGGUGGCAUCAUCGUGGCUACACUACUGGUCUUCAUCGUUAUCCUCAUGGUGCGGUACAAGGUCUGCAACCAGGAGGCCCCGGGCAAGCUGGCAGCCGCUGCUGUCAGCAAUGUGCACUCACAAACCAACGGAGCCCCGCCACCUGCUCUGGCUGGCGCGCCCGGUGGGGCCCCCACCCAGGGUCCACCCAAGGUGGUGGUACGCAAUGAACUUGUGCAGUUCAGUGCCAGCCUGGCCCGGGGCAGCGACUCCUCUUCCUCCAGCUCCCUGGGCAGCGGGGAAGCUGCAGGGCUGGGACGGGGCCCCUGGAGGUUUCCACCCCCUGCCCCCCGCCCCAAGCCUAACCUUGACCGCCUGAUGGGGGCCUUUGCCUCCCUGGACCUCAAGAGUCAGAGAAAGGAGGAGCUGCUGGACUCCAGGACUCCAGGCGGGAGAGGGUCUGGGACAUCGGCCAGGGGCCACCACUCGGACCGAGAGCCACUGCUGGGGCCGCCUGCAGCCCGGGCCAGGAGCCUGCUCCCCUUGCCCCUGGAGGGCAAGACCAAGCGCAGCCAUUCCUUCGACAUGGGGGACUUUGCUGCUGCAGCUGCGGCAGCUGGAGGGGUCGCCCCCGGUGGCUACAGUCCACCUCGGAGGGUCUCGAACAUCUGGACAAAGCGCAGCCUCUCUGUCAAUGGCAUGCUCUUGCCCUUUGAGGAGAGUGACCUGGUGGGGGCCCGGGGGACUUUUGGCAGCUCCGAGUGGGUGAUGGAGAGCACGGUGUAGGCCUGGGUCGGGGGCCUUCUCCCGCUCACCCUUGCAGAGUGGAUGAAGGGGAAAGAAUCUGUACUGGCAAGUCUUUGUGGAGUUUCCAUGGUGAUGUUUACAUCUAGGGACAGUUUCGUCUCCCUGUCAACGCCCCCCCCCCCCAACCCACACCACCUUCUAAGCCUGUCCCCCACCACCCAGCUGGGGUGUGCUCAGGGAAAGCGGAUUCGAUCGCUAAAAUGUCGGACUGAGCCCUGAGUGUUUGGAAAGGCAGACUCCCUCCUUUCUGAUCACGAAUGUAGUGUGUAAGCAAGCGGCUUUGGAUUGCUUAUGGUUUUUAUUUCUUAAUUUAUUUUUCCCACUUCCCAGACUCCUCCUCUUCAUUCACACAGAUCAUGGAGAAUUUACUCUUCAUGUGAGGGUGCAUUUCCAGCAGACCUGGUAGUGGGAGAUUUUUGUCUUUUGACAAGAGAAGGGAAAGGGUCUGACUCCACACUUGUUUGGAGGGAAGACUGUGGCAUCUUCUGCCCAGACUCCUGCUUCCCAACUGUCCACAUGCUUGGGGGAGAUGGACAACCACCCCCAUAUUUGAUCCAGCUCCCUCUGCUCAGUUAUCAUGACCCACACCCAUGACAGCAGGCUAAGCCAGAAGGGUAACUUCCAGAACUUCUUAUGUGUAGGAAAGAGAGAAGGGUUUUAUGAGCCAUAAGGGUAUAAAGGACAUAAACUUCUGGAGUUGCUGUAAGAUUUUUACCUCUUUUGGGGGGAAGCUGGAACCAAAACUCCCCAUGAGCUUAUGGCGUGUCAAGAAGGCUUCUCUUGAGGAAAGCAAAGUGGAGUGGCAAAAGGAGCACUGGACUCGGAGUCCAAAGCUCUCAGUUUGGGUUCCAGAGCCACCACUGAGUAACCAGCUGAACACCUUGGGCAAGACCCUUUUCUUUUUGGACCUCAGUCUCUUAACUCCCAAACUACUGGAUUGUACCCAGUCUUUGAUGCCCCUCAAGUUCUAAGGACUAAUGAAAUCUUCCGUGACUCUAGAUGUAAUGGCUUCCAGAUCAGCAGCAUGAGCAGCACAAGCUGGUAGAGCAUCCCUAUUUUUCCUACUUGGCACAGAGGGAGAAUUCUAGAGGUUUGGGAGGGCGAAAUCAGAAUCUGUGGUAGAGUUUUGAAGUUUGAAGAGGUGUUUGUAAUCAUCUCAUCCUUAACCCUCUCUCCCUCCCCCACCCACCUCAGAGUAUACAGGACUUGCCCAAGGUCACACAGUGAGUUAGUGACUAAGUCAGUGCAGGUACCAAGGCCACCUCCUAGGAUGCUGUUUGGAAUCCAUUAUGCUGUCUUCACCCUGGCUCAGGCAUUUCUGUGUCUAAAGUCCAUCCCUUGUUUGUUCCUGAGGAAGGCGGCCCACGGUGGGACAUAGGGGACAACUUUCCUGGAUGCCAACUUUGAGGAAGAUCCAUCCAUCCAUGGAAAUGACAGAGGGUGAUGGGCAGGUGCACCCAGGUUUCUUUCUACCACGGGAUGAACCCCCACACCCCAGACCAUGUCAAGAGGGGGCAGAGGACAUGUAGCCAGGGAGUAACUAUUCUAGAAGCAUCUGGAGGACUUUCUCCUACAUCUCUGUCUCUCCUGGUCUCCGUCUCUUCCAGAUCUCUCCUCACUGCCAACAUACUACCUCGUCCUCGGUCUCCCCAAACCAUUCCCUGCUCUUCUGAGUCUCUGCCAUUGAUCCAGCUUCUCUCCUGUUCUUCUCCCUCCUUCCACUUGCCAACCACACUGCAUACAAUGUCUAGGUGAGUCUCCUUCUGCUGAAGGGUUCUGAUGGGCUCAGACCUGGCGCUGAGCUGGCAGCCUCCAGUCCCACUUGGAGCACACAAGAAGCUGGUGGGGAACUGUCUAUGCAGAUUGCCUUCUGGCUUCAGGCCAGGAGCCUCCAAAUCCCUUAUCUUUGUCCUCCUCCUUUCUACCCCUCCUGCCUUCUCUCACCUUCCCUCCACUCUCCUCUCUUCAUUCUUGUUCUUUCGGUUGACCCUCUGCCUUCCCCAGUCCCUUUCUGGUCCUGAUGGUCAUUAGUAGCCCAGGACAGUCUCUUCCUGAGACACAUUAAUUUUCUAGGCCAGUCCUGGGGCCAGAGCAUAGGCCUUCCCCAGUCACGGUGGCAACUACGGAAUUAGGUGACUUGAACAGAGAUCUCUCUCUCCCUCCCUCUCCUCUUUCCCUGCCCAAGUUUCUCUUCUCUCCUUUUCCUCCCUGAACUUCUCUUGUUCAGUAUUUCUAAAUGUAGCCAUUUAAGAAGUGACCCGGAAUGCCACCUUUCUUUUUGCUUUUGGGUUUGGACACCCAGAAGGUAAUGGUGGACACCGGAAGGGGAAGAACCGACCAUAUAUUUCAGUCAGUGGCCCCGAGCUCUGUCAUGACAUGAUAUGUACUUGCACUUGUGUUUGUCAUGUUUCUGACUCGGAGUUUUGGAAAGCAGCAUCCAUGUGGUCAGAAUAUAAAUGCCAACUUUCUUUGCUAAAAAAGAAAUGUACAGUAAAAUGUACAGUUUAAAAAACAAAACCAACCACACUCCUUGGGAGAGAGAAAAAAAGAACAUUCUCCUAUCUGUGAAUGUCUGCUGUUCAUUUCUCUGGAAACUGCGGUUUGCUGAAGGUGGCUUUGAAGUGGCAUCUUCUCUUGCACCUGUGUUUGUUACUGCCCAGUGGGAGCCUGCUUCCUGCCAAGUUCAUAUAUAAGAUGGGAAUCGUCUGAAAUAAGAGAGAAUGGGGUCGUCCUUCUGAAAUAAAGAACAGUAGAGGGAUCUGGAGGGAAGCUCCAGGCGAAGAAGGAAUCGUCCAUCCUCAGCCCUGCCUGUCCCACCUGGUAUCUCAGACCUGCCCUGCUUCCUUUUUCCUGUAUUGUGGCCACCACCACACUUAACCACUAGGGGCGCUCAGACACCUCCCUCCCAUCUUGGUUGAGCCUUGGAUGACAGUUUUUCAAAAAGAUUAUUUCAUGGGGAUACUUGGGACAGCAAACCAAAGCAUAAACCCAAGGUAUAGAAACGAAUAAAUUUCUCUAGAAACAGCUUCCCAACCCUAGCUACAUCUAGUGGCUAGAUUAGCACUGUCCAACUGGAAUAAAGUGUGACCCACAUGGUCAUUUU